AUGGCUGCUGCGGCGCGGCGUCAACCUUCCGGCGUUGUCACCUUUGCUCUCCUCCUCGCUGCUCUUCUCCCCGCCACUCUUGCGCGGAAUCCUCUUCCCGACAACGUCUAUUUUGCCGACGAUGACGUCAUCGGCUCAUAUUGCGAGGUCAUACUCGGCACGCCAUCAGACCCCUUCUCAUCGGUCGACGUCUGUCUCAAGGUGCACCGGCACCCCACCCAUCGCAACACCAUAAACCACAUGGACUUUGUAGCCCAGAUUGAAGGGGUAACUUCGGCUUCCACCCCUUCCUCUCCCACCAUCUCCUUGACUGACUCCCAUACAGUCACAGUCCCCUGCAGUCACUAUGAAUCCGAACCUUAUCCUUACGUUGAGGGGAGCUUACUGUACCGCUGCCAGGAAAGCCUUUCAAAGAGCGAUCAGCGUGUGAUUAUAGAGGGGUUUGCUGAGAGCCCGUUUCCUAUAGUCACAUUACAGGUGGGGGACACACCUGUUAGAGUCACACUGGCACACUCCCUCGCUUACUACUAA